CAUGACUGGGCUCCAGCUGCAAACACCGGAGCCUUGCUGAUCGCAUAUCCUUUCAGUUUUAAAGCCAUGGCAGAGUCGAAAUGCUUUGCUUUUGUUUUUGGUAUGGCAUCUGGGCACAUCAACCCAUCCCUGCCAUUGGCCAGACAAUUAGUGUCUCAGGGCCACAAGGUGCAUUACCUGGCACGAGAACAGAUGCGUGCGGCCAUUGAAGAUACCGGCGCCACUUUUUGGAACGAGUUAGAGGAAGAGACGGAGCUGUAUGAUGGCCGCGAAGGGGAUUUAUUGGCCGCGACCAGCCACCUGAAGAAGGAGCUGGGCAUUGAAUCAGAUCCGAUGGUCGUUGGCUACAUGAAAACGGCUCCCAUGUCUCUGGAAUUGCAGCUUCCAGGCUGCAUCCGUUGGAUGCGAAAGAUCAACCCCUCCGCAGUGGUCUACUGUCCCUUGUUGAACCAGGAUGCGGGCUACUGUGCGGAUAUCCUACAGAUCCCAAGCGUAGCCUUGCUGACCACAGCUGGCCCUGGGUCCAUGGCAGCGACCAUGCGCUACUUCCUUGCGGGGCAGUCACCCGAGGAGGUGAUGGAGAUUCUUAAGGACUUCGCACCAAUGCAUCAACGCAUCCGGAAUCUAAAAGAGA